AUUUAGAGGAGUUCUGUUUAUUGUUCCAUAAAUUAAAUUUAGGUGAUUUUUGCUGUAUCUUGGUGACUAUAGUUAUUUUGUUUGAAUGGUUUCCUUUGUUUUGUCAAUCCAACUGGAUUCAAUAUAUGGCGACGGCGCUAAGCGACAUUGUGUUUCAUCUUAAUUAGUCUACAAGCGAUAUGAUUGAAAGACGUUCUCUCCUACGUCUUACAGACGUUGCAAGUCUUGCUGAAUUGGCGCAUAGAGAGUACCAAGCUGGUGAUUAUGAACGUGCAGAACAACAUUGUAUGCAAUUGUGGCACCAAGAUCCUGAAAACACAUCGACUUUAUUACUACUUAGUUCUAUACAUUUCCAAUGUCGACGAAUGGAUCGAUCAGCUUACUUCAGUCAACUUGCGAUCAAACAAAAUCCUCUGAUGGCAGAAGCUUAUUCUAACCUCGGAAAUGUCUUCAAAGAACGAGGACAACUGAAGGAAGCAAUCGACAACUAUAGACACGCAUUGAGAAUCAAGCCAGAUUUUAUUGAUGGAUACAUUAACUUGGCUGCUGCAUUAGUCGCAGCGGGAGACAUGGAGUCUGCAGUGAAUGCCUAUGCCACAGCAUUACAAUACAAUCCAGAAUUGUAUUGUGUACGGAGUGAUCUCGGAAACCUACUGAAGGCUCUUGGACGCUUGGAUGAGGCGAAAUCAUGCUACCUAAAGGCGAUCGAGACCUGUCCAACUUUUGCAGUGGCUUGGAGCAAUCUUGGUUGCGUCUUCAACGCUCAAAAUGAAAUAUGGUUGGCAAUCCACCACUUUGAGAAGGCUGUAACAUUAGAUCCCACCUUCCUGGACGCGUAUGUAAACCUAGGAAAUGUACUCAAGGAGGCCCGAAUAUUUGAUCGAGCGGUAGCAGCCUAUCUGAGAGCUCUAACAUUAUCUCCGAACAACGCUGUCGUUCACGGGAACUUGGCCUGUGUUUACUACGAGCAGAACUUGAUAGACCUCGCAAUCGACACAUACAAAAGGGCAAUUGAAUUGCAACCCAACUUCCCCGAUGCUUACUGCAACUUGGCUAAUGCUCUCAAAGAAAAAGGAAAGGUUUCGGACGCAGAGGAUUAUUACAAUACGGCUUUAAGACUAUGUCCUACGCAUGCGGACUCACUGAACAAUCUAGCUAAUAUUAAACGUGAGCAGGGAAAAGCUGAAGAAGCUAUACGGUUGUACGUUCGAGCUCUAGAGAUAUAUCCUGAGUUUGCAGUGGCUCAUUCCAACCUCGCCAGUAUGCUUCAGUUGCAGGGGAAACUUCAGGAAGCUUUGUUGCAUUAUCGAGAGGCGAUUCGCAUAUCACCAACAUUUGCUGAUGCCUACUCUAAUAUGGGGAACACGUUAAAGGAGUUGCAAGAUGUUCAGGGCGCAAUGCAGUGCUACCAAAGAGCUAUACAAAUCAACCCUGCGUUUGCCGACGCUCACUCAAACUUAGCCAGCAUCCUAAAGGACAGUGGUAAUCUCGCGGAGGCCAUAACGUCCUACAAGACUGCACUUAAGUUGAAACCCAAUUUCCCAGAUGCUUUUUGUAACCUUGCUCACUGCUUACAAAUUGUGUGUGACUGGACUGACUACAAGCAUAGAAUGAAGAAACUCGUCUCUAUGGUUCAGGAUCAGUUAGAAUCCAACCGCCUACCAUCUGUACAUCCGCAUCACUCUAUGCUAUAUCCACUGACACAUGAACAGCGUAAAAAGAUAGCCGGAAAGCACGCCUCUCUCUGCUUAGAGAAGGUUUCUCUGUUACACCAUCAACCGUUCAGGUUUGCCAAAAAGUUACCUGCUGGUCAGCGCUUGAGGAUUGGGUAUGUUAGCUCUGACUUCUGCAAUCAUCCGACUAGCCACUUGAUGCAAAGCAUUCCUGGUUUGCACGAUCGAACAAAAGUUGAGGUAUUUUGUUACUCGCUGGCACCAGAUGAUGGUACCAACUUCCGAGCCAAGGUGGCGAAUGAAGCCGAACACUUUAUUGACUUGAGUGGGAUUCAAUGUCAUGGGAAAGCUGCUGAUAAGAUUGCUAGUGAUGGGAUCCAUAUCCUACUGAAUAUGAAUGGCUACACGAAAGGUGCUCGUAACGAAAUAUUUGCGCUAAAACCCGCACCCAUUCAAGCUAUGUGGUUGGGUUAUCCAGGCACAAGUGGUUCGACGUUUAUGGAUUACAUAAUUACAGAUAUGGUCACGUCACCUCUUCACCUUGGUCACCAGUACUCUGAGAAGUUAGCUUAUAUGCCCAAGACAUUCUUUAUCGGAGACCACCAGCAAAUGUUUCCUCACUUACGCAAUCGGGUAGUUCUAGAGAGUGCUGAAGAUGCUACUGCUGGUCGUCGCGUGAUGGAUAAUUCUAUCGUGGUCAGCGGUCUGGAUAUCAAACCCUUGUUGCAAGUGGCUUGUAUACGUGAGGUCAACUACGGAGGGCGCUUGGUUGAGGUUCACGGUAACCAACGGAAAGAAGUAUCUUAUUUUGUGAAGCUAACGGUCUUAACUAUUCCAUCCUUACAACCUAUUCAAAAUAUGAUACGUACGAAUAGUCCUUCCUGUACCAUCAAUGGCGUGGUCAUUCACAAUGGUUUGGUGACACAGCAAACACAAUCGAAAGCCUCAGCUGGUGAGGAAGUGCCACGUGACCUAAUACUAACCUCUAGACAACAUUACGGCUUGCCGGAGGAUGCUGUUGUAUUUUGCAACUUUAAUCAACUGUACAAGGUUGAUCCGUCAACAAUGCGGAUGUUUGCCAAAAAGUUACCUGCUGGUCAGCGCUUGAGGAUUGGGUAUGUUAGCUCUGACUUCUGCAAUCAUCCGACUAGCCACUUGAUGCAAAGCAUUCCUGGUUUGCACGAUCGAACAAAAGUUGAGGUAUUUUGUUACUCGCUGGCACCAGAUGAUGGUACCAACUUCCGAGCCAAGGUGGCGAAUGAAGCCGAACACUUUAUUGACUUAAGUGGGAUUCAAUGUCAUGGGAAAGCUGCUGAUAAGAUUGCUAGUGAUGGGAUCCAUAUCCUACUGAAUAUGAAUGGCUACACGAAAGGUGCUCGUAACGAAAUAUUUGCGCUAAAACCCGCACCCAUUCAAGCUAUGUGGUUGGGUUAUCCAGGCACAAGUGGUUCGACGUUUAUGGAUUACAUAAUUACAGAUAUGGUCACGUCACCUCUUCACCUUGGUCACCAGUACUCUGAGAAGUUAGCUUAUAUGCCCAAGACAUUCUUUAUCGGAGACCACCAGCAAAUGUUUCCUCACUUACGCAAUCGGGUAGUUCUAGAGAGUGCUGAAGAUGCUACUGCUGGUCGUCGCGUGAUGGAUAAUUCUAUCGUGGUCAGCGGUCUGGAUAUCAAACCCUUGUUGCAAGUGGCUUGUGUACGUGAGGUCAACUACGGAGGGCGCUUGGUUGAGGUUCACGGUAACCAACGGAAAGAAGUAUCUUAUUUUGUGAAGCUAACGGUCUUAACUAUUCCUUCCUUACAACCUAUUCAAAAUAUGAUACGUACGAAUAGUCCUUCCUGUACCAUCAAUGGCGUGGUCAUUCACAAUGGUUUGGUGACACAGCAAACACAAUCGAAAGCCUCAGCUGGUGAGGAAGUGCCGCGUGACCUAAUACUAACCUCUAGACAACAUUACGGCUUGCCGGAGGAUGCUGUUGUAUUUUGCAACUUUAAUCAACUGUACAAGGUUGAUCCGUCAACAAUGCGGAUGUGGGUUGAGAUUUUAAAGGCUGUUCCUAACAGCGUACUGUGGCUGUUACGUUUUCCAGCAGCUGGAGAAGCUGGGGCACUUGCAGCAGCCUCGGAAAUGGGUCUUCAGCAAGUCAAUCGCCGUAUUCUUUUCAGUAAUGUCGCACCCAAAGAGGAGCAUGUUAGGCGCGGUCAGGUUGCCGAUGUCUGUUUGGAUACGCCCUUGUGCAAUGGACACACUACUGGGAUGGACGUCUUGUGGGCUGGUUGUCCUGUGGUCACCCUUCCUCUUGAGACUUUGGCUAGUCGGGUCGCGGCAAGUCAACUUCAUACCUUGGGGUGUCCUGAGCUUGUAGCUAGCAAUCAAGAAGAUUAUGUUCGUAUUGCAACUAAGUUGGGGAACAAUCGGGAGUACUUGCAGGCAAUGCGAGCCAAGGCCUUAAGAUAUAAAGGCGACGUACUUACAAGGAUAAAACCGAAUAAUAGUAUAACUGUACUGCGGCUGAAUCAUAAUACCUUUUUUCAUGAUGGACAAUUAUUUACAAGUGAUUGGGAUAAUGGAAUUGCUACAUUAUUACGGAAGUCUCUUGAACAUCGUCAAGCUUAA